CCAUAAAAUAAAAAAUGGGAAAAAUAUUUUGUAGUGGAGAGAGGAUAUAGGGGGGUGAGAGAGAGAGAGAGAGAGAGAGGGGGCACUUUGUUACCUUUUUCAUGAUGCACGCAUCCAUGGCAGAACAGACAGCGGUACAGAGUACUGCUGCGACACAGGGGUAGAAGAGCCGAGCUGAACAAAGAUCAACCUCAACAACCAUACCAACAAGAACAACAAGGUCCUCAAACAGAGGAAAAAUAAAUAAAUAAAAAAAGGAGAAAGAAAGGGGCAAAGCUCAGGGAGAGAGAGAUGGAGCUGCAAUGGAGGUGGAGAGAUGGGAAGUAGAUAUCAUGGAGCUCAAGAAGAAGAGGAAGAACAGGGUCAAGAACAGUCUGCAUAGCUAUUUUGUUGAAAUAGGUCCCUUGUUUCUUUGAGAAUAAGAAGAGGGAUUCAUGGCAUGCAGGGAGCGAUGGUGGGUUUAAAAUCUCGGAUAAAAGAACAAGAAAGUGCCUUUCUUUUCUAAAUCUGAGCAACCCACUUGAGCUAACCCAUUUCUUCACUUCACUUCACUUGCACAAAUCUUGGCCUUUUCCCUUUGAUCUCGUCAAAAAAGCGCCGCUUGCCUUCUCGGUUUCUCUGUAUACAUGAGUGGGAUGCCCUUUCAUUUGCAGGGGAAGGGGGGAUUAGAUAUUGAUAUUGCUGGUUUUGCUUCUAUUUGUUCUCAACAAGAAACUUGGAAACAGAAGCUAAAACAGCACGAAGUUAAUAGCUUUGCAAGCACAGAGCCCACCUCAGUUCUUCAUAUGAGAAGAAGUCCGAGCCCACCUACAUCGGCUUCAACUCUCUCCUCCUCCUUCAACGGCGGCGGUGGUGGCGGGGGGAACUCCACCGAUAAUACCACCACGACGGCCUCAGAAAAAGUAGUGAAUCCUGUGAACAACGAGAGAAAGGAUGAAUGGGCUACGGAGUUGCAGCCAAUCCCGAGCGGACUAGAUAUUGUCUCCACAGGAGAGAGAUGUGGACUUGGUCUGGAAGACUGGGAGAACAUGUUAUCGGAGCCGAACCAGGAACAGUCCUUAUUGAGGUGGAUCGCGGGGGAUGUGGAUGAAUCUUAUGGGCUAAGGCAGCUAUUGCAGGGUGGAAACAAUCCGCCGGAUUUUGAUGGCAGUGGCGCUAUUGGGUUGGGGAUUGUUGAUCAGGGUCCUGGCUUUGAGGCCGUUAGUGGAAUUGCCGGUGGGGUUUCAAGCAUUGGUACUAAUUUAUCUGCUUUUCCUGCUUCUGGGUUCACUACAAUAAAUAAUAACAACAAUGGGAAUGGGAAGGUUGGCUCUGGGUUAGUUACUCCUCCCUCUUCUUCUGGUGGGUUGGCUAAUUAUAGAGGUGUUGGAUUGGGAAGCAACAACAACAGUAACUGCAGUAUACAAGGCCCAAUUUUCGGUUCUCCAGCUAGCAGUGUUUCUCUUCCGGCUACUUUUCCUCAUGGAAUGCUCUAUCAUCAUAAUCUGCAACACCAAAUUGAAGCUCCGGAGGAGAAGCCGCAGAUACUAAAUCCACAGAUGUUAAUGAACCAGCAACAGCCUCAUAAUCCACACCCUCAAAACCCAAACAUUUUCUUGCCAUUAUCGUUUCCUCAGCAAGAAAAUCACCUCCUUCAGCCCCAACCAAAGCGCCAGAACUCCGUUGGCAUAGACCCACUGUCUCAGAUGGUCCCCAAGCUUCCAUUCGGCGAUCCCGGGCAUGAGUUACUGCUAAGAAGACAGCAGCAGCAACAACAGCAUCUGGGAUUUCCACAAGGAGUGCAGUUUCUUCAUCCGCAUCUUCAACAGAAGCCAUUGCUGGUAAAGAAGGAAGAAGUAGGAGCCCAACAGGAACAACAACAGCACCAACAUGCGUUGCUGGACCAGCUCUACAAGGCAGCUGAGCUGGUAGGGACUGGGAAUUUCUCACACGCGCAAGGGAUAUUGGCGCGGCUCAAUCAACAGCUCUCCCCAAUAGGAAAGCCUCUCCAUAGGGCAGCUUUCUAUUUCAAGGAGGCUCUGCAACUGUUCCUUCUCAUGAAUAACAACCCAGUCACCGCUCUGCCGCCUAGGAGCCCCACUCCAUUUGAUGUCAUCUUUAAAAUGGGUGCUUAUAAAGUCUUCUCUGAAGUUUCUCCGCUUAUCCAAUUUGUUAACUUUACUUGCAAUCAGGCCCUCCUCGAAGCCCUCAGUGAUGCUGAUAGAAUCCAUAUAAUUGACUUUGAUAUUGGUUUUGGUGCUCAAUGGGCUUCUUUUAUGCAGGAACUUCCACGGAAUAGAGGUGCCCCAUCAUUGAAAAUCACUGCCUUUGCCUCUCCUUCAACUCACCAUCCCGUUGAGGUUCUUCUUAUGCGCGAAAACUUAACUCAAUUUGCUAAUGAGAUUGGUAUAGGUUUUGAACUUGAUGUGGUUAACUUUGAUUUGUUGGAGCAAAACUGUUAUUCUCUUUCCAUUUUUCGACCAAACGAAAAUGAGGCUGUUGCAGUAAAUUUCCCUGUCUGGUCCUCCUCGAACCAACCACCUGCAUUACCAUCUCUGUUGCGCUUUAUAAAGCAGCUUUCACCGAAGAUUGUCGUGUCGUUGGAUAAAGGAUGUGACAGAACUGACCUUCCAUUCCCACAAUACAUCCUCCAUGCUCUUCAAUCCUAUAUACACCUAUUGGAGUCGUUGGAUGCUGUUAAUGUGGCUUCUGAUGCUGUGAACAAGAUUGAGAAGUUUUUACUUCAGCCAAGGAUUGAAAGUGCUGUUUUGGGGCGUCUUCGUGCACCAGAGAAAAUGCCCAAUUGGAAGACAAUCUUUGCUUCUGCUGGUUUUUCACCUGUAACUUUCAGCAACUUCACUGAAACUCAAGCGGAAUGUGUGGUAAAGAGGACUCCAGUGAGGGGAUUUCAUGUGGAGAAGCGCCAAGCCUUGCUUGUGCUCUGUUGGCAGCGUCGAGAGCUGAUCUCAGCUUCAGCUUGGAGGUGCUGAAGAGUGGCAAUUUGACUAGCAGGGGAGGUUGGUUUUUGAUCGACUCACAGUUUAUCAGAGGUUUCAACUUAAUCUAAUGUGGUAUUAAUAAAAUUUUGAAUAUUGUCGGCGAUGCCUCGUUUGGGACUUAAUAUGAAUUGUCUAACUUGUGAGUCUCCUCUGCUUGUUGGCUAUCUAGUCCAAGUAGAACAAAAUAUAUAACUGGAAAGUCUAGUAGGGAAUUAUUUGUUUUGAAAAUGGAUAUUGCUGGUAUGGUAUUUUGAUGUUGUUUCUGAUGACAAUAUGCUCGUUCUGCUGGUUAAGGAAAUGAUAAUCUGUUGUAUACUUAACAGUGAA